AUGUAUUCUAAAUUACUAAUAGCAUUUUUCAUGAGUAGUAUAGGUAUUCGCUGUGAUAACAGCAAUAUAACAUCACCAGAAGGACAGUACCUCUUCGAUUUUACUAAAGAUGACAACGUAUACGACUGGCAAGAACAAUCGGACACAGUACGAAGUGUAGGAAUGUCAAAAGCCGUUUUUGUCUUACACCAGAAUACCCAGUUUCGAAGAGCAAUUUUUUUUGCUCUACUGAAUCCACAAUUGAACGGGGCAGGGUUCGCUGGCAUUCGUGCCCUCGGAUAUCACGACCUCACGCAGUAUACGAAACUUCAAGUACAAUGCCGUGGUCAGGGACAGUUUAAUGGAUUUAAAAUUGUUUUGAGACACAAAGGAUUAAACAAUGAACCUAACUACUCAUUUGAACAAUAUUUUCAGGCACCCAAGGACGAGUUUGCUGUGAAAAGCUUACCAUUUUCAGAAUUUAAAGCAUAUUACAGAGGAAAGAGAGUAAAUAAUAAUGAGACCCUGGACUUAUCACAAAUAACGAGUAUCGGAAUUCAAAUGUAUGGAGGCGUUUACCAACCAGUGAAGCAGAAAGGACCAGCUACUUUAGAAGUAGACUGGAUAAGAGCUGUUUAA